ACUGAUACCACAGAGAGAGGACUAAGCCCAAGGCGAGCACUCAUCUCUCCCCCUUGUCUCUGCGCACAUGGAUACAUGGUAGUGUGACUGCGGAUUACAGCCCUAUGUCCCCCGUGUGUGAACUCAGCACUGCUACAUAGAGACCCUCUCCCAUCCCUCACUAUGGAAAGGUGGAUAGUAUCAUGGGAUUGCUGGAAAGUCACCGUGCUGCUCCUGGUCCUGCAGAGGCUCUGCACUGUCAGAACAGCAACUCCAGUUAAUGUUUUAAAAGCCCUGGAACUCAAUGAAGAAAUUGAAGGAGUUACGUUGGCGGCCGGACUCUGUACACACAGACAAGGAAUUGAGGAGACGGACAUUGCUUUCCGCGUGGAAAAUAGAACGCACUUUAGCGCCCCAACUAAGCAGCUAUUUCCAGAUGAAUCGUUGCCAGAAGAUUUCUCCAUUCUCAUCACUCUCAAAGUUAGGAAAGAUGCUCAGUUCUUCCUCCUCUCCGUUUACAAUGAAAAGGGUGUUCAACAGUUGGGUGUGGAAAUUGGGCGCUCCCCAGUCUUUGUGUAUGAAGAUCAACAUGGAAAUCCAACCCCUGAAAACUACCCAUUCUUCAAGAAGAUCAACCUGGCCGAUGGCAAGUGGCAUCGAAUUGGAAUUAGUGUAGAAGGGAAAAAUGUGACGAUGAUUGUUGACUGUGAGAAGAAGGAGACCCAAUACCUGGACCGUGGGGACGAUUCUAUUAUUAGCACUGAUGGCGUCACCCUGUUUGGGACACGACUACUAGACGAGGAGGUAUUUGAGGGUGACAUCCAACAGCUGCUGAUGGUGGCAGACCCCAGAGCCGCCUAUGACUACUGUAACACUUACAUGCCCAACUGUGACGGUGCGCUCGUCUACGCUGUGCAAGCCCAGGACCCAGAGUUCCCUGAGCAGAAUGCCACGGAGUCUACUCCUCGAAAGAAAAAGGACAGAAAAGGUAAAAAGAAGGAUAGAAAGGGCAAAAAGAAGAAAAAGUCUGUAGCAGAGCACACAGGACAGUUGCACAGCACUGUUAUAAGUCCGACAGAAGGGAUCACUACCUCAGCCGUCACUAAGGCGGUCACACUUCUCAUGACAGAGACAAAACGAAGACCAACAGAAGACCCCAUUCUAUCAGAGUAUGAGUUCCCAGACUAUUACUAUACUCCCUCACCCGAAGAAGAAGAAGAAGAUAUCACAGUGUCCACAGUGACUGUCAGCAUCAAUGCUACUGACUACGAAGAUGUAGUAGAGGAGUAUGUGACUGGGGAGGAACAAGAAAGAAAUGAAGAUGACUAUGAGCUCAAACAGUAUGAAGAUGAGGACUAUGACAAUAGAGAGGAUAGAGAAGAGAGGUAUGGACCAGCAGAGCGUGGACAGGUGGAGACCCAAGAGGCAGGAGCGGAGGAUGAGAAGAGUAUGAAAGGACAAAAGGGAGAACCGGCCAGAGUAGAACCGGGUAUAGUGAUUGAGGGCCCUCAAGGAUUACCUGGAUACCCGGGUGAACCAGGGCCAGCUGGUCCAACAGGUCCUACAGGACCACCUGGAGAUCCUGGUGAGACGGGCCCUCCUGGACGACCUGGUCUUAAUGGAGCUGAUGGUAUCCUUGGUCCUCCUGGAAACACAGUGAUGCUUCCUUUCCAAUACGGUGGUGAAUCCAGAGGACAGAUGGUGUCAUUUCAAGAAGCUCAGGCGCAGCAAAUUUUGCAGCAAGCUAAGUUGGCAAUGAAAGGUCCACCAGGACCAACGGGUUUGACAGGAAGACCUGGCCCUCUCGGUCCUCCUGGGUCUACAGGUCUAAAAGGUGAUUUUGGAGAAUCAGGACCUCCGGGCCCGCGUGGCUUUCAAGGUAUUCCAGGGCCUCCUGGAAAGAUUGGCAAAAGAGGACGUGGGGGAGCAGAUGGUGCCCGCGGUGUGCCUGGGGAAACCGGAAUAAAGGGAGACCGUGGAUUUGAUGGUUUGCCUGGUCUUCCAGGAGAGAAAGGUCACAGGGGAGAUUUAGGAGGUUCAGGCCUAACUGGUCCACCUGGAAAUAAGGGAGAAAAGGGUUCUUAUGGGCCUCCUGGACCCUCAGGUUCCUCUGGAGAGGCAGGUGUGCGUGGUUUAGUGGGUCCCAGGGGACCUCCUGGACCACCUGGUCAACAAGGUGUGAAUGGCAUUGAUGGAUCUCAAGGAUCAAAAGGAAACCAAGGUAUACAAGGAGAAACUGGGCCAAAUGGACAACAAGGGAAUCCAGGACCUCACGGAUUGCUAGGACCCCAAGGUCAUAUUGGCAUGCCAGGAGAGAAGGGUCCAGCAGGAAAGCAAGGAAUACCAGGACAGGCUGGGUCUGAUGGUCCACCGGGACAUCCCGGUAGAGAAGGACCUGCUGGAGAGAAGGGCAUUCAGGGUCUUCCUGGAUCCCCUGGUCCUAUAGGAUAUCCUGGAACCCGUGGUGUUAAGGGAGCCUUUGGUGUGAGGGGGCCAAAAGGAGGCAAAGGUGAAAAGGGAGAAGAUGGAUUUCCAGGAUCCAAAGGAGAUAUGGGAAUUAAAGGAGACACGGGUGACUCUGGAGCUGUAGGAGUACGUGGAGAAGAUGGUCCUGAAGGUCCUAAGGGACAAUUUGGGCCCAUAGGAGAAAUCGGGUCUUCUGGAAUUCCCGGGGAAAAGGGAAAACUUGGAGUUCCAGGUCUUCCAGGAUAUCCUGGGCGCCAAGGAACAAAGGGGUCCACAGGGUUUCCUGGACCAUUGGGUAUGGCUGGAGAGAAGGGCAAGAGGGGAAGAGGUGGACAGGCUGGACAAGCCGGACAGCGUGGACCUUCGGGUACCAGAGGUGAAAGAGGUCAGCGAGGGCCAACCGGAAAACCUGGUCUGAAGGGUGACUCAGGUCAUGAUGGUGUUCCAGGAACUGCUGGUGAAAAGGGACCAUUAGGGCCUCCAGGACCAUUUGGAUUUGCAGGACCAAAAGGACCCAAUGGUGUCUCUGGGAAAGAUGGCUUACCUGGACAUGCGGGCCAACGGGGAGAGACGGGCUUUCAAGGCAAAACAGGACUUCCGGGGCCAGCUGGAGUUGUCGGACCACAAGGAAAAUCUGGAGAAACAGGCCCUAUGGGAGAGAGAGGUCAACCAGGAUCACCAGGAUCUCCCGGUGAACAUGGAUUGCCAGGUGCUGCCGGACGUGAAGGUGGAAAGGGUGACCCCGGUCCUGUCGGAAUUCCAGGCAAAGCUGGCCCUCAAGGGUUAAGCGGAUUUCCAGGAGCCCGUGGAAUAGCAGGCGAAAUGGGUCCAUCUGGCUUAAAAGGAGGAGAAGGCCCCAUUGGUUCACCAGGAGCUCCAGGUCCAGGCGGAGAGAGAGGUCCAUCUGGAGCAGCUGGUGGAAUUGGCCUUCCAGGACGCCCUGGGUCACAAGGACCAUCAGGACCUGCUGGUGAGAAAGGGAAUCCAGGUGAGAAAGGACCUGAGGGUGCAGUUGGCCAGGAUGGUGCUCAGGGAAGCAUUGGACCACCAGGACCUGCUGGUCCAUCUGGACCUCCUGGGGAUGAUGGAGAUAAGGGAGAAAUGGGCGGCCCUGGACAAAAAGGAAGUAAAGGUGACAAGGGAGAUAAAGGGCCACCAGGACCAACUGGCAUACAAGGUCCAAUAGGACACCCUGGUCAAGCAGGCCAAGAUGGAGAGCCUGGGCGUAGAGGUCAACAAGGAAUGCAAGGACAAAAGGGAGAUGAAGGUUAUAGAGGGUUCCCUGGUAUAACUGGCCCAAGGGGGCUGCAGGGUAUGCCUGGACCUCCAGGAGAGAAAGGAGAAAGUGGACAUGUUGGACCAAUGGGUCCCCCUGGAACUGGAGGUCCAAGAGGUCCUAUGGGACCCAGUGGUGGUGAUGGUCCUCCAGGAAAUUUAGGUGGUACGGGUCAACCAGGAGCUGUGGGAGAAAAGGGAGAGUAUGGAGAAGCUGGAGAUCCAGGACAACCAGGAGAAACAGGUCCCCCAGGAGGCAAAGCUGAUGUUGGUGAAAAGGGAGAGUCAGGAUUAUCUGGGUCAGCUGGUCCGCCUGGAAAGAAGGGACGGCCAGGAGAAGAUGGACCAAAAGGAAACAUGGGUCCUAUUGGGUUUCCCGGAGACCCAGGACCACGCGGAGAAGCUGGAGUUCCGGGAGUUGAUGGAACACCAGGAGAAAAGGGAGGUGCUGGAGACCCUGGCAAUCCUGGACCACCUGGAACUCAAGGAGAGCCUGGACCGACUGGUCCACCAGGUAGAAGAGGUCAACUUGGGCCAGUAGGCAAAGAAGGCCGACAAGGUGAAAAAGGAGCUAAGGGAGAGACUGGCACUGAAGGUCUUCCUGGAAAGACUGGACCAGUGGGACCACAGGGAUCUCCAGGGAAGCCAGGAUCAGAGGGCAUGAGGGGCAUUCCAGGACCUGGGGGUGAACCAGGAUUAUUGGGACCACCUGGUCAAACAGGACCUCCUGGGCCUAUGGGGCCGGAAGGUCUACCUGGCCUUAAAGGAGAUCCAGGAUACAAAGGUGAUAAGGGCCAUGUUGGACUCAUUGGACUAAUAGGAACUCCAGGAGAAAUGGGAGAGAAAGGAGACAGAGGGCCAGCUGGAAUCCAAGGUGUACUAGGACCUAAGGGAGAUCCGGGUGCGGUGGGAUCUGCUGGAAUAAACGGACCACCUGGGCCAAGAGGCCUUUCGGGACCUCUAGGGCAAAAAGGAUCCAAAGGUGCCCCAGGACCAUUAGGUAUGAAAGGAGACCUUGGACUAGCUGGCCCUCCUGGACCACCAGGACGUCCAGCGCAAAUCAUACAACCUCUACCCCUUGACACAUAUGAAGACACAAGAAGGAGACGGCGCCACUCUGACAGGGAGCAGGCAGACGAGGGACUCACAGAUUACAUGGCUGAUGGCAUGGAAGAAGUUUAUGCCACACUAGGAUCCCUGAAAGUGGAGGUAGAGCAGAUGAGGUGGCCAGUGGGGUCCAAAGACAGCCCAGGAAGAACGUGCAAAGAGCUCCAGAUGUGUCAUCCUGAAUACAAGGACGGUGAAUACUGGAUUGAUCCAAACCAAGGUUGUAACAGAGAUGCUUUCAAGGUCUUCUGCAAUUUUACAGCUGGUGGAGAAACUUGUUUGCACCCAGACAAAAAGUUUGAGUCGGUAAAAGUUGCAGCUUGGAAUAAGGAAACCCCAGGGGGUUGGUACAGCACUUUUAAAAAAGGAAAGAAGUUCCAGUACAUUGAUGCAGAUGGUAAUCCCGUCCACGUUGUCCAGAUGACGUUCCUCAAACUACUGAGUGCUGUGGGCCAUCAAAACUUUGUCUAUAGUUGUCAGCAGUCUGUGGGAUGGUUUGAUAUGACAAAGGGAAAUCAUGACCGGUCGAUAAAGCUGAGGGCAGACAAUGAGGAGACGCUCUCCCACAGCCGUACUCCACAGCUAAAAGCCUUAUAUGAUGGGUGUCAAUAUCGUAAGGGUGUAGAGCGAACGGUGCUUGAGAUCAACACCUAUAAGGUAGAACAUCUACCCCUCAGGGACAUUGCUGUGAGUGACUUUGGAGAAAGCAGUCAGAAGUUUGGCUUUGAGCUGGGGCCAGUCUGCUUCAACGGCUAAAGAAAUACACAAAUUAAAGACGCCCAGAUCAUUCUGCUCUUCCAGAAAAAGGAAACUGAGUUUCAUGGCCAAUGAACUAGGAAACUUCUAUUGGUCAUCAAUCACAAAGAUUCACCCAUGUGUUUUUGUUAAAUUUUUGUUAUAUAUUUUUGAUAUGUUAACUGCAGGGGAUUCUAGAUGUGUGUUUCCAGUGAGGGCUCACCCUUGUAGGGUUACAGUAUGGGGAUAAUUAUGGCUCCAAAGAUCUUGAUGGACUACAGACCACCAUAUUUUAAAGUGGAAAAAGUCUGCGGCACAGUGGUCACUGUACAGUACUUCAGUCAUCUUUGGGUAUAUGUGAUUACUUCUGCUCACGUUACAGGAUUGUGUCUCCCCAAACAUCAGAAGCACUCCUGGGUUUUGCACUGGAGUAUAAUCAUCCAAUCAGGAUGUUUCUUUUGAUGCCCCAGUCACAGAACUGGUUGCAAUAAAGUGAUUCCAUCAUCUUCAACCAUCAGUCAUACACUGAACAAUUCCUCCUUCCAAUCUGACCAUGAGAAUUUUAUGUUAUAACCUUUAAUAUGCAUUGUAUAUCUAAUUUGAGAUCCCAAAUCUGCAAAAGGUUUAAUAGGUUAGUGAUAUCUACCUCACGUACAAGAGAUUGCUUUUGAGACUCACCAUGCGAGGAACUGGUGUCACUAACCAUAUUGACAUAAAUGUACUGUAUAUUUUGUGUAUAGUUUUUGAACCCCAUAUUAGCCUUCAAAGAUGAGCUCUGUGUAUUAGGGUAAAGCAAAAGAUGGAUAAAUUGGAUGCACAGAGGUACUUGGUAUGUUCUAGACCUAGCAACAUCACCAGUCACUCCCUUAACCAGUUUGCACAAAAGGGGUCAUUUGGUGCUCAAUCUAUAGACAAGACCUUGUUUGGUUAAGGUUAGGUAUCACUGCCCAAACUAUGUGGGUAAAAUGGUGCUUUAAUGGACUCACUUAAUAUGAACAAUAAACUUCUCCAAAGACCACCUCUUUGAAAAGACAAGCCUUAAUCUACAUUUUUAAUAGUAUAAUUGCUUUCUUCUUUGAGAAGGCCACCCUCCAGAAGACAAAUUCUACUGCAAAUUUGGGUGAUGGUUUCAAAAGGGUCUCACAGUAUCACAUGUCUCAUGUGAGGCUUGCCUACAGGACAUUUAAAAAUAACUUUAGUUCAAAAUUGAAGGCGACGUAGUAGACGAGCAGGACAAAAUGUUGGCCACCAAGGUAUAAUAAAAAAUGUCUAAAGAUAAAAAGCAAAGUAGAAGAGAAUUAUGUGUUUCUCUACCUAAUAUUCUAUGCAUUAAAUCAGCAUGUAUUUCACUCAUCUGUUCAGUAAAGAUCUGAAUACUACAAGUAAAGUUAGCAUGUAUGCAAUAAACAUUACUGAUGGAGGUUAGAAGCCAGUCCUGGAAAAGAGUUAAGACUUUUUCUAAAAUAAUUUCAAGUGUAUUAAUUACCAACAUAACAAAAACGGGCAGCCAUUGUAUGGAUACAUCAGUAUUCCUAAAGUUGAUUCCUAUGAAAUCAGACGUGGUGACCUCAAGCCAAGGUGUCCACCUCAGUGAACUGUUGGCUUUAAGUUCCAAAACUAUAUGUGUGAUCUAUAAAAUGAUGAGUGGGUAUCCACUCAUAUAUAACAAUUUAUUUAUGAAGCAGUUUGUGAACGAAUGCAAUAUAUGUAACUAAUGGAGAGACAGGACCUAUGGGCAAGCAAGAUAUUGCUUACAAGUUCUGUCCCCUUUAAUGGUGCUCUAUAGAAACAGAAUUCUAGCUUUAUGUAAGAGAACUACGCCUACCAUAUUCAUUUUAAGAAGACAUCUGAGGAUACAUUAUGGACUCCAGCAUUGUCUACUGAGAUACUUCAUGAUAUAGAUCUCACUACUUAAAAAAAUGCUAAAUGGGCUUCUUUCUCAAAAUGUAUAUUGAGUAGACUUGUGUUAGCAACCAGGAUCAGUAAGUUCUAUGUACAAAGUGCAGUCACCAUCUGCUGUCCAUAGUCCUCGAUCUUUGGUGACUUGGGGAAAGCCAUUGAGUACAGGCCAUUAAAAGUUUAAUAACGAUGACCUAUGCCCAGGAUAGGUCAUCAGUGUCUAAUCAGUAGGGUCCAACUUCUGGCACCCUUGCAGAUCAGCUGUCUCAACAGGCUGCAACGCUCUGGUGGGUGCCACAGCCUCUUUUAGGCCAGUGACUUCAUGUUCAUGGAUCCUAUUCAAGUGAAUGGGGUUUAGCCACAAUACCAAGCUCAUCCACUUCCAACAGAUGGCACUGACCUUGGUAACCUGUUAGGAGGCAGUGGCACUCACCGGAGUGCCACAGCCUCUUCAAACAGCUGAUCAGCAGGGGUGCCGGGUGUUGUACCCCACCAAUUAGAUAAUGAUGACCCAUACUGAGGAUGAUUCUCCCAUGACCCAUAAAGCCCCCACAAAUAUUGGGACAGUAGUGGGGUAU